CUUAUCUUCAACUCAACCCCAUAAACUCUGUUUUCUCUUCUGUUAUCAUUCUUUACAGCCAUGGACUUGGAUAUGUCUUCCUUCAAAUUGUACUCCCAAAAAGAAAUUCUCGCUGAAGAUUUUAAGGAAAUUGGAACUCAGGGAUUGAGAAAACGUGUUACUCAACAGGGAACUUCAUGGAAGACUCCAUUUCCUGGAGAUGAAGUUGAAGUACAUUACAGUGGAUGCAUCCAAGGUGGUUCGAGUUUCGAUUCGAGUUGGGAUAGAAAUACUCCAUUCAGAUUCAAGUUAGGACAAUGUGAAGUUAUCAAAGGUUGGGAUGAGGGAAUUUCAGCAAUGAAGAAAGGUGAAAGGGCAGUUUUCAUGAUUCCGCCUCACUUGGGUUAUGGCGAAAUGGGUUCUCCACCAACCAUACCUCCCAACGCCACACUAAUAUUCGAUGUAGAGUUGCUAUCAUGGACUAGCAUCAGAGACUUAACAAAUGAUGGUGGAGUAUUGAAAAAGAUAGUCAAAGACGGCGAGGGAUGGGCUACUCCAAAAGCUUCCGACGAAGUGCUAGUUAAGUAUGAAGCACGGUUUGAGGAUCAAACAUUAAUAUCGAAGUCGGAGGAGGGUGUCGAAUUCUAUGUUUGCGAUGGUUAUCUAUGUCCUGCAGUCGCCAAGGCCGUAACAACAAUGAGGAGAGGGGAGAAAGCAGAGUUAUCGGUGAAAUUUUCAUAUGGUAUAAAACAGGUUGGAAUAGAUGCAUUUGGAAGUGGUAUUGGGGUUCAAUCCAAUCAAAAUAUGAUAAUUGACCUUGAGUUACUAUCCUGGAAAAGCGUCAUUAACGUUGUAGAAGACAAGACAGUAAUUAAGAAAAUUUUAAGAGAAGGUGAAGGUUUCGAUCACCCAAAUGAAGGUUCAGUUGUUAAAGCGAAAUACACUUGUGAAUGCGAGGAUGGAACAGUCAUCGAGAGCAAAGGCUCUGACGAUGAUCCUUAUGCAUUUAUAUGUUUUGAAGAUCAUAUUCCAGAGGGUUUAUUCAGGGCAGUUGUGACCAUGAGAAAGGGUGAAAAAUCGCUUAUAACUAUCUGCUCCGAGUACAGUUCCAACAUUGUAGUCUCUAGAAGUACUGCUCCAACAAACAGAACACUAAUUUACGAUGUCGAAUUACUUAGCUUUACAAAGGAAAAGCCGCACUGGAAAAUUGAAACUGCUGAAAAAUUAGAGGCUUGCGAGAAAAAGAAAGACGAGGGAAAUAGAUUGUUCAAGUGUGGGAAGUUUUGGUGUUCGUCAAUGAAAUAUGAAAAGGCAGUCAAGUGUGUGGAAUUCGAUCACUCCUUCACAGACGAGGAAAAGACCAGGGCAAACGCAUUAAGGAUAUCAUGUCAUUUGAACAAUGCAGCUUGUAAGCUUAAACUCGGGGAUUACGUUGAAGCUUCAAAAUGUUGUACCAAGGUCUUAGAACUUGAUCCUUCAAACGUCAAAGCCUUAUAUCGAAGAUCGCAAUCGUACUUAGAAACCCGGGGUUUAGAGAAAGCUGAGAUUGACAUAAAGAAAGCUCUUUCCAUUAAUCCAAAUAACAGAGAAGUGAAGCUAGAGUACAACAAGUUAAGAAACAAGAAGAAGGAGUACGCCAAGUAUGAAGCAGAGAUUUUUGGUACAAUGUUUUCGAGACAGGGCAAUUAGAGAUUUUUGGUAAUUCGAGCGCAACCAGCUACGGUGCGCUCAUUAGUGUUUCGCUACUUCAGCAUAUAGAGUGCAUUGUUGACGUAGGAUUAUUGGGUGUUCACGGAAUGGAAAUUAGCUGCGGAUGUUGAUGUGUGUUCAUCAGAUUUUACGUGGUUCUGCCUUUCAGCAAACUAGAUACUGAGUUUCAUGUUGUUGUCACAAGGACCAUAAAUAAUGUUCAAUAAUAAUUUCACAAGGACUUGGAUCGGAUGCAUUACUCAUCCAAGUUUCCCAAGUCCAAAUAUACACCUCUUUCCUCUUUCCCCAUUAUAUCAUUAUGGAGAUGAGCAUGCAUCAUAAUUAGGCACUUAAAUUACUCCCCAUUAUUUAGGUGUAAAUUCUGUAACUCCUGCAUGUAACCGUUUUGGUGUAACUGAUGAAGAUAUUAUACGGAAGGCCUAUGAUAAGUAACCUCCCCAA